GGGGAGUACAUUAGGUUUAGGAUUAUCGCGUGAUCUCGCGUGAAUAUGGCUGGAAUGGACGCAGGAAUGGACGCAGGGCAGAGGACGCGGCCGUUCCGCGGCGCAGCCGUUCCGCGCCGCAUACGCGUCCGGUGGGAUCCCGGUGUAAGUGGUUCCGUCAGACCAGCACGGAUUUUGAGUCAAGCCCCCGCCGUGGUCAACUUUGGCACACACACAGAUUGAAACGGGAAUCUGUGUGUGUGUGCCACGGAAUAUCAGUGUCAUUUACUUGCAUUGGAGCAACUUCCGUGGACACAUCAAGGACAAUUUAAGUGUUUCAGUGAGACCACCACGGGUUUUGAAUUAAUCCCCGUGGUCGACUCGCUCGUUGAAACGGGGAUCCGUGUGUGAGCCACGGAACAUCAGUGUCAUUAACUUGCAUUGGAGCGAAUUCCGUGGUCACAUCACGGAAAUCGGUGUGUUUCCGUGAUGUGGCUACGGAUUUCGAGUUAAGCGUCCGUAGUCAUUACACGGAUUCCUGUGAGACCAGGUUGCAACUGGGAACCAUUGGGGCAUCUUGUCAUGGUAAAAACGAAAUCGUUAUUUUAAACAACUUAAAAGGCUAGAAGUAGCCUGACACUUCUUUGAUAGUAUAAUAUGGGUCUUAAAAUAUAAAACGAGUCAUUGAGAACUUUAAGUGUACAGAUUCCCAGCUAACGCAGUUACGUCGCCGCGACGUCGCGGUUACGUAACUUUAUGACCAAACAUAGGUUGCCGCAACGUAAGUUUCAACGUUGCCGCGACGUGCGGGUGAAAGACGCGAUCACGUUGCCGCAAUGUAUCUUGGCGACGUUGCUCGUCCGUAACUGCCACGUCCUGGCGACGUCGUGGCAACCAAAAUACAUACUGGCGACAUUUAUGCAACCUUCUUCAAAAAGGUUGCCAUAACGUUGCCAUAACGUUGCAAGGACGUUCUUGGCGACGUUGCUCGUCCGUAACUGCCACGUCCUGGCGACGUCGUGGCAACCAAAAUACAUACUGGCGACAUUUAUGCAACCUUCUUCAAAAAGGUUGCCAUAACGUUGCAAGCACGUUAGGGCGGAUCUGCAUGGUGCAGUCCUCAUUUGCCCUUUAUAGAACCCACAAAAUCUAGUCUGAAAUCUACAAGCCUCAUAAAUAUUUUACCUACAUUUUGGCUGGUGGCUGUUGCUAAUGUGGACCCCAAGCCUAUUCAAAAGACAAGACAGUACACUAACAAAUAUCAAUUUAUUAUAUUUUUAUUUCAAAUAAUUUUGAAUUCAAUUUUGGGGAUGUUCUUCCGCCUGCCGUUCCAUCCGAACCUGUGAAGAACAAAUAAAAGAGAACACGUGAGUGCAUUUAUAUUCAUUUUACAUUCAGUCAAAUGUCAUUGUACAUUUAGUCAAAACUUAAAUAUGUUAUGCCGAGGUUACGCUAGACUCGAGCGUGAGCACGUUCUAGAUAGCAGCCCAAGUGGCUAUGAAAGCUAAGCAUUGCCGGAUAAUGUCUAAUAGUAAGAAGACGGUAGACGGGGUCUGGCAUUGCGGACGUUGCGCCUAAACAACGUAAAUAUUCAUCCUGGAAACACGAAGUCAAGCCAACUCACUUUGCACUACAGCUGCAGGAAAUGCAUUUUAUAGUUCUUAUGUUAUUUAAUUUAAACGUUUUAGCGUGUAGUUGAUCAAUGUAUUAAUCCUGCAGUGUAUUUUACACCAAUACCACACCAGGAAUGGGGAUCAUUAGCGUCAUCAUGCGUUGUGUUCGUCAAAAGGCUCUAGAAUAUUUAGUUGCCGGUAGAUCUGUUCGGGAUUUAGUUGUUGAGCGAACCUUGUAUUGCAACGGAGAUUUGUUAGUGAACGUGUUAUCCCUGUGUAACAGUGUAAAUAAUUACUUUAUUUUAUUUGUUAAAUUCUGUUAAACUUGGGACUCCAACCAAUAUUUUAUAUUUUAUUCUGAAGGUCCACGGCGGAAGUUUGUGUUUGAAAGUUCAGAAGCACCCAAGCUUACGUUGUGGUAAGUCGCCGUUCUGUCCGCUUGUAAAUAAAGUUCACUUAUAAAUGCAAACCAUGUAAAGAACGAUGUUUAAAAUAUAGCAUAACAUGUAAAAUCUAAUGUUACAUGUUGUAAGGCGUUUUGUUGGUUUGUGUGUGAUGUUUGAGGAGUUCUUGAGCACGAGGUUUAUGUGACAUGUGCGCGCUAAUGCGGGCCUCCUCUUUUAUAGUUGUGUGUUGUCCCAUGUUGCAGGUAUGUUCACUUAAUGUUUAGUUUGUAAAUACCACUAUACGAUCACUUAAUGUUUUUUGUUGUAAAUACCACUAUACGAUCAUUUGAAGUUUGUGUUUGAAAGUUCAGAAGCAACCAAGCUUACGUUGUGUUCGAACGGACUAUGGCUGAAUAUAUAUAUAUGUGUGUGAACACUGGUUGUGUGUUGUCCCAUGUUGCAGCUAAUAAACCAGUCCAGUGCUCAACCCAACCUCUCUCCGUGGGUUCAAUUAAGAAGCAGAAGAGCUGCAGUGUACCCAAGGUCACAUCUGCUCUAUAAGGUGUCCGGCCGCCAUCCCCUAUUCACGUGGUUUUGUGUAUUGGAGAACCUGCUCAGCAAGCUGCAGUCUGCAACUUCUGCGGGAGGCAUGUACUGUUGCAUUUCAGCAAAAGCACAAGGGUGAAAGUCUUUGGUCCCCUUCAACUCCUGAGCAACAACAGCAGCAGUGGCAUCUUCCCCUUCUUUCCCCUAAGGCUGUAGCUGCUCCAAACAAAGUUUGAGGCCACAGAGCGCAACACCCUCCUCACACACUCCCCAGGAUUGGACCCCCCAACUAGGCUCAGAUGGGAAAUCUAAGGAAAUCAAACAACCAUGGUUAAGGCAAGUAUUUGCAUUGUAUUUUUCAUGUGGUGUUGGUGGUGUUUUCUUUUGAGGGGGGCGAACCAAAUUAAGGUAUUUGAAGAUGGACUGCUCAUCUCUAACUACUUAGCUAACAACAGGGAACUAGAGAUGAAAAAAGCUCAAUGGCAGGGCCAUGUGGCACACUUGGUGGCAUGUGUACAAUAUAGCCUAAAGUCACUUCACCAUUAUUCGUACAUUUACCAUUUUUUUUGUGAAAUCUCUAUUUUUAAGGUGCUCCUCGAGUUCCUGUAGUUCGGCCUGAGUUUGCGCCUGCAGUAACUCGACACUAGCUUCCCCAGGGUCCCCAUGUCGAUUUGCCCGUAGCAAUAAUAGAGCCUCCCUCUGAUUCUGCUCAACAGUCUCAAGCCUUCGGAGCAGAACCUCCAAUGUCGCUGUAAAAAAAAUGUUGAGAUCAGAGGAGUGUAUUUAGUAGUAUUUGGUGUCAUUUGCAUACAGUGCAAUACAGUUCAAUACAUGUAUUACCGUUGAUAUUCUUUGCCCAGAUUGGUAUGGUUUCUCUCUCUCUUCGGUCACCUAAGUAAUGUGUAUAAAGCAUAAUGUGUAGGGUUAGUAUAGACAGAUGACUGUCAUAACCUGUUGAUAAGAGUUACUAGUUUGGUUUUAACCACCCUCUCCACCCGCCACUUUACCGUCCCCAGUAGAGAUAGGCAAUGGCGUUUCAAAUGAAGACGCAAUCGAAUCAUCUGCAGGAAGUACAAAAUAAUAAUUCAAUGUUUUUUUUUGGUUUCAAACUCUUUGUUGUCUUGGCUCAUAGAAUUACUGUUAUGUCAUCAUCAUCAUUACCAUACAUAACUUUACCAUCAUUUUCUGUAAAAACGUCUCUUGCCGGUGAAGGAGGGGAGUAAUCUACAGAAAGAACAAGAUAAGAAUUUAGGUUAUGUGUUUUUGUUUCGAAACAGUGUCUUCUUGACUUCUAUGCAAUUAUUUGUAUUUGUUUUUAACCAUCAUUCCCUUGCAAAACUCUACCGUCAUCAGUCACAGGGGGUGAAGAUAUUUGUAGUGCGCUACGCCGUGGAAUGGGGGAUUCUAUCUGGGGUGGAGGAGGAAGGGAAGUCCUGAAAUAGGGACCUUGUCCUGCCUUUUUCCCAUUUCGUUUCUUUGUUUUCUUUUCACCUGAACAGAAUUAUAUUAGCCGAAAGUAAAUAACAGUGUUACAUGUUUACACAUUGUUUAGAAUUGCUGCUUGCACUUUUAACACUAAGUUAAUACAGUACACAAGGAUGUGCAGAUAUACCGGUGUGAAUAAAUUUUUGGGGUUUGACUAUGAUGCGCCUCCCUGUGUCCUCAUUUCCUGUCUCCACACAGGACUUUGUCUCCGCCCUCUUGUUCCUCCUGACGGCCUGAUCCCAAUCAUCUAAACAGUCAGGUGGGCCAAAACAAUUAGAAAUUACACUCUUUUAAAUGUGUUGCAUGUCACCACUUGUUAUUUGUCGCCCAUUAACACACCUGUUGAGGAAAAUAUUUUUAUUGGCCUUUUUAGCCAGGUUUUAGGAUCGGGCAAAUCUUUGUCCUUUGCCCUCUGUGUGGGCUUGUGGAGUGGCCAGUAGCUGCAUGUCUUCUGAAAUGGAAAACAAAAUAGUUUUGCAGAACUUGCAUAGAAUUUUUGAAAUGAUUGACAUAAAGGUUUUUCGCAUGUACUUACAUCUCCCUCUUUUAUAAUCCAAUUACUGGCCACUAUGCCAACAGUCCUUUCCCCCAAAAAUUCGACAAUGCUAUACAUUCUGUAAUCAAGAACAGAGAGGUUAAUUUAAUACAGUAAAGAAUAAUUGUGUCUGUACAAGAAAUUGCAAUGAUAAUACACUGAGCAAAAUACAACAUACUGCAAUGUCAUGAAGAAUGGCCAUGAAGAGGAUUUUUUCCCCCACAGGAAUCUUGAUUGCCUUUCUUUUCAGGUUGUCAUUUUGGAUCCAUCUCAAAACGGUGUCAUUGUUCUUGUACUUCAGUACUCCGAUUAAUGUGGAGUCACAAGGGACACUGAAAAGUGGUUCUGGGUGCUGGUAUACACGGCAAAGCUGGCUUCCGUCCCUCUCCUCUAUGACCUCGCAGCAUUCGCGGCGAUUCAAAAUAAAAGAAGAAUUGGACCUCUGCCUACCAUGCUCCAUUGGCUGUCCAGCGCAUUCCUCAAGCCUUUUCACCACUUGUGACAGGGGGCAUCUUCCACUCCUUACCAUCCUCUUUAUUUUCUUGAGACAAUUUUCAAAUUUAAAAGCGCUACAAUUGUCCAAUCCUCCAAAGGUCACGGCAUCCUCCACAAUGUGCAACAUUGAGUGCACGUUGUAGACCAGAAACUGGUUACCAUAAAGUUCUCGGCCUCUCUCAACAAAGAAUCGGAGGAGAUCAGCAGCAUAUCUCCAAUGUUGCUCAACCAAUGCUGGACUUACAAGUAUGUUCAUUGCCACACUGAAUGUCAUGAAGUGGCUGAAAAAUUCAUCUUUAAGGACCCCCUUCAGCACAAUCUUUCCUGUAUAUAACAUAAACUGCCUAUGUUCCGUUGCCUUCCAUCUCUCAAGCUCUUUUAAGAUCUCUCGGUUUGCGAGCGAAGCUGGAAGGGAUGUGUGGACGGAGGUUGGUGAGCCUGCUGCUGACCUCCUCUAUUUGGGUUGCCGACAUCUUCAGGCCCUUCACUCCUCUGCACCACAUGAAGAGAAGCCUCUUCAUGACACCCAAGCAUGCCUGGUGCAUGUAAUCGAUGGGAAAUGCACUGAUCAUGUUUAUGGGUAAAUCCAAAAGCGGGGUGCUGCCAUGAUGAUGCUCGCCCUGUGUCUGUUGGCGGAAGGAGUCGUCACUACGAGCCACCACCUCUGUGUCUUGGCCACUGGACAGGAGGUUGUUGACAUCCAUCACCAUGUCUUCCAGGAAUUCCAGAUUCUGUGGUUUCGAACCUCCACAAGUAAGGGUGAUAGGGAAGACUGACACUGGUUUUAAAUGGACAGCACAAAGGAUGGGCCACAUUGUUCUUCCUGAGCUCUUAAACAGAGGAAAAUGGACAUACUCCAUACCAGACUUUGAUGUGAUCCUGACCUCCCUUGGUGUCUUCAGGAGUGUCCUGGUGGUGGAAGGCAGGUCAGUGUGCCCGUGACCUCUCAAAACUUUCAAAAGGUCAUCAACAGCAUUGUGUUUCACCUGAAACUGGCAAGCCCAGCUAGCGAGGUCAGAUGCGAGCGAUGCCGGACGCUGGUCGGACGCCUCCAGGUCAUCCCCAAAAACCUCUUCCUCCUCAUCAUCAGAGGGAUCAACAUCCAUCCAGUCAUCGAGGUCAUCCUCCAAAGCAGAACGAUCCUCAAAUGACUCAUCCAAGUCCAAGGAGUUGUCCAUGUCACCAACAGGCGCAAGAACACCGGAUGGACUGCUGGACAAGCUGGCAUCAGCCACAUGGUGUUCUGUGACACAAACACUGGCAGUGCUUUCAGCUAUCCUAUUCAUCACUUGUUUAGCAGAUCUCCAUGAACGGAGGUACUGCCUUGCCCGUAACUGUUUUUCCUCACUCAUCCUGUGAAAUAAAAUGUUUCACAUUUUAACGUGUGAUUGAGGUUUCAAUACAAUCUAGCCAUAAACUGUCUUAUAGCAGGCUUCAGACCAAAGAUUUGUGAUGCAAAUGCGAGCUUCAGACCAAAGAUUAGCGAUGAAAAUACAUGCAACAGGGUUCACACCCAUGCAACUUCUAUCAACAUCACCACCGUUUCCAUAACGACACCUUUACUAUACCAAUUGUUUUUACUAACUAGAUUGCUGGUCACGUUAACCAAUAAAGCUGUAGCAUACUUGGAAUACUUGUUACGCGACUGAUGUUUUGCAAACAGUAGCGUUCCUUACGCAAAGUGGAUAAUUAUUUUCUCCUACUCUCCUAAUAAUAUCGUGAAGCCUCUGCUGGCCUUGACUGACGUGAGUGGCAAGACGUCAUCAGCACUGAAGUAAAAGUGUUCUAAAACCAACUGUCUUAUGACGACUUGCAACGUUCAAUUCACACUGCUGCAACUUCUAUCUACAACGGUUUUGUUACGUUGCAUUGUGAAUCUUUGUUCUGAAUUGGCUUUUCAAGGCUGACAAGGCUUUAUACACAUACCUGACAAGAAUGAGGUCAACGGGGACUGGAGGGAAUGAUCUACGAUGCAAAAAUAAAUGCAUAGGAAAUUAAUGUAAUUGUGUUAAACUUUUAAACAGUACAGUUCAUGAUACAUAUACAGUGUGAAACAGUACAGGACUAGGCCUAGGUUUUGUGCAGGUAAAGAAGAAGAUGGGAAUUUGUAAAUUCAUCUUAAAUCAAAACUGAAAGGUCCUACAAAACAUUGGGGUUUAAACACAGGUGGUUUAAUGGCACCAUAUUCUGGAUUUGCAUGACCUUUGUAUUGCAAUUGCAAAUUGCAUCUCUAGUUCAGGAUUACUAUUAUUAGCCUAUUAGUGAUUGGUGGAUUUCUUUAAAAUUGACUGACAAAAAGUGAUCUCUGGUCGAUUUUUAUUUCAUUUUUUAGAACUUGACGUCACACAAGCGUCAAUCGAGUACUCGUUCAUAUUUCCUCCUAGACUGGGUAUGAUAUUUUUUUCGUAGGAUAAGUCCCGGAUUCUCGCCUCUGAUUGGCUAGAAGGGCUCUCCUUUAAAUCGUGUUUCGAUUAGUCCUAGAUGUUUGCGGGAGUUUAUGUUUCGUUUAUUAUUUCGCUACCUACUUCGGCGCAUGCGCAUGACAUGCGUAACAUUGUAAAAUACAUACUAUACCCCUGAAAUCUCCAAUAAAGACAUUUUAAUACAGCAUACAAUUAUGCUCCCCAUAUUCUUAUGUGUCAGGUAGCGUAUUUCAUCUGUAGACCAACUGCCUCUAUCAAACGAUGCUCCCACUACAGAAUCACGUUAUUGUACACCACUAACCCCAUGUAUACUGUAAGAAUAUGGGGAUGAUAAUUUGAUACUGUAUUAUUAUAACGUCUUUAUUGGAGAUUUCAGGGGUACUGUAUGUGUAUUUUACACCAAUACCACAACGCGGAAUCAAUAGCGUAAUCAUGCGCAUGCGCAGAACAGACCAGGAAGCACAAUAUGAUAGAAGAAAUUGGCAGAACACCCUGCUUGACGGAGUAAAAGAAGACAUGGCGAGGAACGGAAAGCUACGGUAUGUAGAUAUCAUUUGCUUAGACAAAGCUGUUUUUUCGCGCCUUGUGGUACUAGCACUACCAUUGCAAGCUCGUGCAACAGCCCUAUAGUUAAAACAAAUAAAUGCAACGUUACGACUGCACGCGACAUAGGCGAGUGCCUCUGCCUCUUUGUUGUUUCCCGCCCGAUUUCGUCGAUAUUAGCAAGUUGUGGUCAUUGCACAUCCAAAAGGCAAGCCAAAAUUAAUGCCAUCUUAAAACUUAAAAGCCCGUUAAAUCAUAAUUUACCCUGAAUGACAGGAUAAAUGUGACAUCAAGUUACAGAGACUACAGCUGGCUCACAAUGGCAUUUUUUAGCAAUGCCGAUAGCCCCAUCGGCCUGUUAAGUUGGCUAAGUAGCCUGCUAAAGUUUACACUAUUCUUGCUGUCUUCAUCAUACUUCGUGGUGUUGACUUAAAGGUUGGGUACGCGAUUUGCGAAACGCCAGCAGAUUUUGAAAAUACACAACUCAAAUGGUCCUACCCCCUCCCCUUCAACGCUGACUCUGACUCCACCCAUUCCAAGUACCUGGACGCGCAAUCAUGCACGAGCGCGAACAGAGAUGCGCGAGAGCGAGCCAGGCUAGCGUAGGUUUUCGUUUAACAACAUGGCACUACAUUCAGCUGUAAAUUGCACCCAGUACCGCGGGAAGUAGGGGUUUUGGGGGUGCUGCAACACCCCCUGUCCGAGGCCCUGUCUUAUCACAGAAAACGAUCAUUUCUAAAAACCAAAGUGGAGAUUUCUGAAAACGCCGGUUAUGUGUUGUCGUAUCAACGGGGAGAAACGGGAUUUUAGGUUCUGAAGCGUCACAUUAUGCACCAGGAAAUGCUUAAAGGCCAUGGUGCAGGUUUAAUUUUUUUCGGAUUUGCGUCAUUUGCUUGUUGGUAAUAAACAUUUUAAUGGUUACCUAUUGUAUUUAAUGUGGUUGGGUAUCACAAAACGGAAUUUAAUACGAAAAAGUGGGUCAUAUUGGAGCGGUUUGCGAUAGCAUCUCAUUUCUCCCGGAAACCGUUGCAUGACGUCACGGUAGGGAGACGACAGACGUAGCCCUUCGAGACCCAUUGAUAGUACAGAGUACGAGAGAGAUAAGUAAGAGAUAAAUACAUAGAUACAUAUAUAGAUAGCCUAGAUAGAUAGAUGGACAGACAUAUAGAUAGAUAGAGAUAGACAGAAUAGAUAGAUAUAUAGACCGAUAUAGAUAUAGACCGAGAGAUAGGGAGACAGGCAGACAGAUAGCAUAGCAUAGCGAGUUAGGUAGGUAGGUGGGUAGGUAGGUGUAGCAUAGCGAGUUAGGUAGGUGGGUAGGUAGGUGUAGCUUUAGAAUGGUGUACAACUGUGUUUGUGCUGGGUGUAAUAAUUCUAGCAGAACAGGACACAGGGUCCAUGCCUUUCCGAAGGACAAGGCAACCCUCAGACAGUGGGUACAGUUUGUCCGCGUUAGACGGGCAGAUUUUUCUAUUCCCUCGGUCACUAAGAACUCCAAGGUCUGCAGCGCUCAUUUCACGGAGGAAGAUUACGACCAAGGGGAUAUCAGGAUGGUAUCUCUCGGGUUAAAGAGGCUGGCACAGCUUAUUCCGAACGCCGUGCCUUCUGUGCACACGCAUCUCUCUGCCUGCCCUGCCCCGAGACCGAGAGGCACCAAGAUCAGUGCCGCCAGCCGCAAGCGAGAGCUGGCUAUGGUAAGCCUCAUGGUAAUGUUUACAAGCUGUGCGUUAGCUAGCCCUGUGUAUACUACAUACCGUAUUCCCUUUGACACCGCCUCCACUACCUUCAUGACUCAUGAUCAGUCUGACAUUAGAAAAGAACAUUUCGUGAUUCAUGAAUAUGAACCAAAACAAAAUUGUCCUGAAGUAAAUGUCCAAAAGCUUGUCAUAUCUAACUAGAAAGCGCCAUGGCUAGUGUUUGGAUCAGUGGCGCUCAUCAAGCGACUUUCACAACAGUGUGUGUGUUCUAUUUAGUUGAUGGAUUUAAUUGCAAUUUUCCUGAUGGAAAGUGACUAUUACGGUCCUCUUUCAUAUGUAUUUAGACGUGACUGUGUCGCUGACGCUAAUUUAUUUACGCAUGUUGACAGAUGCCUCACCGUGUGAGACCACGGACGGUGUCAAUGCUGCUACGGUAGAGGACCCCUUGCCCUACUCCACUUGUGACACUGGGACACAAUGUAUUUUGAAGCCCCUUGGAAGGUCUCACGCUGUGCAAGUGAACCUGAAGCCCAAGAUGGUCAGCAUGGGGACACAAACUUUCACCCCCCUCACUAGUCCUGACCCAACGGAUGGAGAAGAUGAUCUCUCUGUCAUCAGUGAUGCAUCAUGGGUACCAGGAGACCAGAUGUCUGAGGAGGAUGAGGAGGUGUUGUGUGAGGAGCCAUCUCAAACUUGCGACCCCCACCAAAAUGGCAUUGACAAAUUCAUUGUUUGCCAAGAGGAGCUCAUGGCCCUGUUUGCCAUCUGUCCGGCCUGUUGUGAGAAGUCAGAUAGUAGAAUCGUGCAGCAGGAAGGAACAUUUGUUAAAAUAGAGCAGGUCUGUGCAUGUGGCUACCAGCGUUUCUGGCAAAACCAGCCGAUCCUAAACAGGAAUAUGCCAACCUCUAACCUCCUUUUAAGCGGGGCCAUCCAUUUCUCUGGAUGUUUGGCCACCCAGACAUUACGGAUGAUGACCCUGUUUGGCCUUCAGUGCAUCAGCGCAAGCACUUUCUUUCGCCAUCAGCGCCGUUACACCAUCCCCGUCAUCAUUCAGGCCUGGCAGAACGAGCAGGCCAAGAAUUUUAGUGACCUCAAGGCAAUGGAUGGAGGCCUAGUAGUUGCUGGUGACUGCAGGUCAGAUUAUCCAGGGCACUGUGCAAAGUACGGCUCCUACACAUUGAUAGAGGACAGAGUAAACAAGGUAGUUGAUGUUCAGCUUGUUCAGAGCUCAGAGGUCCCCAACAGCUCUUGGUGUGAGAUGGAGGGGCUCAAGCGCAGCAUCGGCUUGCUGAGGCGGAACGACCUGCAUUUGUCAACCCUCAUCACAGACAGACAUCGCCAGGUUGCCAAAUGGGUGAGAGAAGAGCUGUGCCCUGAAGGGACACAGCAUUAUUUUGAUGUCUGGCACAUUGGGAAAAGUAUGUAUCCAUUAUUGGAACGUUUAAGCAGUUUUUGUUAUUGCAUUUCGAUUAAUACCAUUUGUUCUAAACCAGGUCUGGGGAAGGCCUUGGAUACAGCCUCAAAAGACAGACAGUGUGAACAACUACAGUUGUGGAGGCCAGCCACAGUAAACCACCUGUACUGGACUGCAGCCUCAACCCCUGAUGGCAAUCCAGCUGUGAUGGAGGCCAAAUGGUGAAGCUUGGUGAAUCACAUUCAGGACAUCCACGACCAUGACACCCCUGCCUUCUCCAGUUGCGCUCAUGCCCCUCUGGAGGGGGAUCAACGAGAUAAAGAGUGGCUGGAACCAGGUACAGUACACAGUAUGUGGCAUUAUGAAUGCUCUACAGCAGUGGUUCUCAAACUUUUUACCAUGAGUACCACCUUAGAAAUGAUUUGGCUCUCCAAGUACCACCGGAAUUAAAAUAAAGUGCGUAGGCCUAUAACUACAUAGAGUUUACACAGAAGGCAUUAAUAUUAAUAACACGAUUUAUUAUUCACAUAACUUGACUUGACUGAAGCAACCAACUGUCUAUAACUCAUGUAUUGUAUUUAAACACUUGCAACGGGAUAAUACUAACAAUUGAACAACUGCCUCAAUAGGGCUACCCAGCAAAUGGGGAUAUCAUCUGGCAUAUAACAUACCAGUCAAUCUAGUGAGGUUAUUAACAAGUAUACUGCAUUAAAGCAUUCAGAGCACUGAAUAUAAAUUUUAACAACUGCAGUCAACCAAUCAUGUGAGGUAAAUUGUACUGCAUCAAAACAUUCAAAGAAUUGAACAUGAAUAUUUAAAUACUGGAGUCAAACAAUCCUGUUAUAAGUAAUCAUGCGCAGCAAAGAGAGAAAUCAUGUGUACUGCGAUAACACUGUAAUCAAACUAUCAUGAGUAAGAACAAGUGUAUCAUAGAAAAACAACGUAUUCAGUAUUAAAAAAUACUGCAGUAAGUGCCAUAAGGUCAGAAUAUAAACUAUGUUUAGGUUUGAAGGAGAAUGUACUCAGGCACACAUUGAAAAUUAGGCCUAUCAUGCUUAGUGGGAGGGGUGUGAUGUCUGGGUCGAUUGAGGUUAGCUUUAGCCUCAGACUUGGUUCAGUAUCCAACCUGCUUCCAGCACGCAAGUUGAGGGGGGAUGGCAUCCCCCUUUGGAAUUAAAAUGAUCAAAAUCAUCCCCCUUCUGAAACAGCCAUCCCCCCUUCCCAUCCCCUGUUAUUUUAUCAAUUAAUGUGGAAAUAUUACCGCUGUUUCAUUAUAGCGGUUUCCUUUUCAAUUCGGCGCAAGCAACGUUACUUUUCCCAGGGACAGAUUUGACAGCGAUACUGCAUUCUCGGGCAGUAUGCUAUUGCGCAAGCACGCAGGCGUACUUGCGCAAUAGUGCCUUGCCUUCCCGAGCUCUCAUUCCACACCGUACGAAACUGACACUGGUAGCGUGAAGCAGUCUCUGCAUCUCAGACAUCGCUUCCGCAGGCAACUCUGUCCCCUUUUCUCCUACUAAACGUAAAACUAAAACGAAACAACUAGCCUAACCAUUGCAAAUAAUUUAAAGCUGCAAAUAAAACGGCAGCAAAUGGACUAUGGAUUACGCGUUGUGAUCUUCUCUACACGGCCGGGAUUACGGCUGCGUCUUGCGGCGGUUAAAAUAGCCGACACACUUGGUUGCUGCGGGUCUGCUUUCCCGAACUCACCGUUGUGUUUCAGGAGCAUAUCUUGCCGCCUAGUAGCCUACUUGUAGUAGCUACUCUGGUAGCUCGAUUUCGCUUGGCAUAUUUUACAUUUCACCUUAUGAUCUCCUAUUUCUUUAAAGUAGGCCUAUUUCAAUUCUUCGCUGCGCUUUGCUUUAACCGCCAUCUCUUAACUUUUUGAAUUCUGGCGUGCCUGCACACGGCACGCGCCACACAGAAAUGGAUACAUUUAAUUUGCUUUGUGCCCACGGCAUGCGUUAGUGGCGCCGCACAGAAAAUGUAUACAUUUGCUUCAGAAAACUUUGUUUGUUUGUGUGUAUGCAAACUCGAGUUUGCCUGUCCACCAACCGAGUUCAUUUGUAACGAGUAGUAGGCCUACUCGAGUUAUCGAUUCCCCAGAUAUCAGAAACGGUUGCUUCAACUUCAAAAAAUCGUUCAUACUCCGCGUACCACUAGAGGGCGCUCGCGUACCACCAGUGGUACGCGUACCACAGAUUGAGAACGGCUGCUCUACAGGGUUUCCAUUUAAAUCAUUAUUUCAUACUCUGGGGAUCUCAUAACAUUCUGUUUACUGUAAAUAUGUUUGCUAUAAUUCAUAUGCAGGACAAUUUCAUGUGUUUCCACUGGAGAAAAAAUAUCUGUCUAUUUGUAUGUCUGCUGUGUGUGUGCCUACCUAUCUUGGUCUCUUGCAGGCUCAAUGGCAGCAGUAAAACUGGAGGGUAUCAUCACAAGGACAUCCUUACUGAAGGAUGUUCGACAGCUGUCUCCGCAGCACCAGACUUACUCCCUUGAAGCCUUCCACUCCCUGAUCCUGCACUUCGCACCCAAGCACACUGGGUUUUCAUACCAGGGCAUGUAUAGCAGGUCAGUGCUGUCCAAUGGAAUAACAAUGCCGUAUUUGAUCAUACAUACACCAGGUUUCGAAAGUGUUCUCAAAUGUGUUAUUCUGUAGGCUUCUCUUAGCGGCGCUGCAUUACAACUGUAAUGCGAACAGAGAGACCGCACGAAGAAGCGAUGGUUUGGAGAGGUAUAGCGUGCGAUAUCCACGUUUCAGAAAAGGUGCCUGGGUAGUUGUGCCCAUCAAAGAGAAGGCCUCAUACGGUUAUGCAACGUCAUUAAUCGAGGCUCUUCGGGAGAGCUACAUGGAUUCACCCAAGGCUCUUCAAGAGGUUAGCGCCAAUUUGUCAGCCUGUGCACCCGCCCCCAUCGCCAAAUCCUUCGAACAAAUUCCCAAGGAGGAGGCCGUCAGCCUCUAUCUAGCCCAGCAGUCACGCUACAAAAAAUUGAAUUAGCAUAGUUUUUUUCCCACACAGGCCAAUCAUUUAGUUGUGAGUAUGUAUAUAUGUAUAUAGUAAGUAUAUGUUAUUUUGUCUGGUGGUGGUUUUCUGUAUGCCGCAUGUUUUGUUUUCUCUUUGUGUGCUGUUUAUUGCUUGGGUUUUUUGAUUGUUCCAGGAAGUUUAUUAUAACCUUACAUUUUAACCCCUUGCGCUGACCCUAACAUCUGUCGACUAACAUUAUCUCUUGGUUAUUUUUGGCUGUAACCCAUUCAUUCCUUUAUCAGCAUCACCAUGGUUACCGCCUCACUGCAUGUCGCAUGUUUUGUUUUUAUUGCUUGGGUUUUUUACUUAGUUGUGUGCACAAAUCAUUCCAUUACAGCUCCAUUUGCCCCAUAAUUCAUAAAAAAAAUGGUAAGAAUCCGAAAGGGACCUCUGUGUGCGCUUUUCUCUUGGAUCACUAUGCGUCUGCUCUAUGUGACAUCAUUGCAUGUAUGUGUCCGUGAGUGAGUGAGAGAAUGUGCUGUGUGAGUGCUGACCCUCAGGUAAGACCACACUAUUGCAAGAUUAUUUUAUGUUGGUUUCUUUGUGCCUAACCCUUUUUUUCUUGAUUUGUUUACUUUAUCAGGCCUUUCAACCUGUCCCUUUUUUCAGUAAUCGAUCCCCAUUACUUGGGAUGACCUAAUAAACUGUUUUUAUAUGAAUUCACAUGUUCUGUGUAUUUUAUAACAUUUUAAAGGCGGUUGAGCGAUCGCAACACAACUAGCAUGAGUUAAUUCUUGAACUGAAAAAUAAUUGUAUUCAUGUUGUACGUGCCAAUAUGGUUUUUAUUCUUCAUCCAAACGAGGCCAUUGAAAGCCAUGAUGGGUCUGGUCACCACUCUGAAAUUGUUGCCUGAUGGCUGAAACCAGACAGGAGGGUAGAGGCUUCCUUAUAUGCAGGCCAAGAACUCCAUAAGCCCAUCGUAUAGCCUGCCUGUAUGCAGUGUACCGGUAUUGCCUAGGGAAAUAGGUUGGAAAAUAAAAAAAUUGCAUGCAUGUUUAUUGUCUAUGCAACACAUCUCUAGUCGCCUAUAACUGUUUAAGUUGGUUCAUAGGACUCUAUAAAAAGAAUGCUAAAGUAACAAACAAUUAACAUACUCGUGCGUGCUGGCUUGAAGGGGACCAUGAUCCUGCUUGAAAUGUGUGUACGCUAUCUUAAGCACAAACGGAUUCAGGCAGCAUGCAUCAAAUCCUGGAUGCUGAGUGAGGCAUGUCACAUCUGCUGGUCUUGGGCUGAGCUUCUCGACCAGCGACCAAAACGCACUCACUUCCCGACAGCACAAGCUCUCCACCACCGAUUCCAUAGGACGGCACCGCCCACACAAACACCUGCCAAACACAGCGACACAGACACGCUUACUACUCUCCCUCUCACGGUAAGCGCUACCCUGACGGUGUCAAUGACAAUCAAUCACGAGGAGUAGAAUCGAAAAUAAUCACCGCUGAAUUCAUGACCAGCCUACGUGUCCGGCGGCUACCGGGUACGUUUGCAACAACACUUUCACCGGAGGAAUAUGUAAAAGCUUAGAAAUAAAGACUAGGCAAAAUAUGUACCGGUAGGUACUGGAGCUAUUAGGCAACCAUCAAAACGUGGGAUAACUAAUCGUAGGGUUUAUCCGGGGAGGGGGGAUAGCUCAAGCGCUCGUUGCUGCAUUGCUAAAUGAUAGCAACUCACCAGGACACCUCACCAACUCUCCACCCAUUCUCCUCUGACCAUGAAUUUAAUUGGCUUUGACGGCCAUCAAUCCUCGGCAAUUCCUCAUUCGCCCCCUCACGUCUAACAGGCUCGAAAUUAUACGGCUGUGGGCCAUCAUAAAUGUAAUUUGUGGUUCUUGCCACCUCUUCCUCAUCCCAGUUAGACGCCAUAGUUCUAGUACUAGGCUGAGGCUACCUUCCACCACGACUCCCUACCGUGACGUCACCACCGAACGACGUUAGAAAACACCCGUUACCACAAAAAACGACAAAAACUGGACUUUAACGCAAUUUUGGAGACAUUUCAUGAAUGCGGUACAUAUUUUGAGUGCUUUAUGUACCCAUUAAUCGAAACUUCCGGUUAACCUGCACCAUAGGCUUUAACGUCAUGUGAGCAUCCGCUGUACCGUAUUGGUCCGAAUAUAAACACAAACCCCAUUGUAAUACGACCUAUAUUUGGAAAAAAGAUUUGAAGCCCAGAUCUUGAUUUCAUGAAUAAAUAAAUUGUAUUAAUUGAAAUAAUAUACGAAAAUAAAAAGGCAUAGAAUAAAACACUGCAUUGCCACUAAACAGUAGUGCAAAUAGGCCGUACUGAUGUGUACACCAAAGACUUCCUGACACUCCUCUGCCCCGCUGUGUUCGCUCUGGCUGUGGUCGCUCCGAACUGUUUCGGCCCGUGGCAAAGCGAGUCAUCCUCGCUGCUGUCCAAGGCAUGUUGAGACGCAGCAUUUAUUUAAUGCUCAUAUGUCCUAGUGCUGAAAAAAGGUUAUAUGAAAAAGUGUGAGGGUAGCGGUGGUGCGCUAAACUUGUUCUGUGAGCAGCUGGAUGUGAACCAUGGUGUGAAGGAAGUGAACACAACGAUCGAUUUUCAACUGUGCGCGCAUGCACUGGUGUAAUUGAGCUGCGCUGCUAUAUAUCUUUUUUAUCAAUGUGACGAGUUGCGAGUCUAGUGCAGGCCGGGUUUUUUUUUCCAGCACCCCCUGCUGAGAAUACGUUCUCGCGGCUAUGGUUGCACCAGAUGUUAUAAACAUUAAACGGUCACAUAAAUCAAUACUAUUUUUAGAAAAUGUAUGUUUGUUUCAUAUAAUUGUAUUGGAAGUCCUGGUUUUCACUAGGGUUGCCGCGGUGUGGACAUUUUCACACCGAGUAAUAGCCUACACUCGUCUCAACACCGGUAUUACCGAGUAUAAACGGUAUAAACUUUGAAACUAGGUCAACCGCCACACAAGCAUCGGUUUAGACCCUUCUGUCCUUCAGUUGCCGCCAACGUUCAAAAGCAGCGCCUAGGAUUAUUCUUGAUUUCAGUUUUUCUCUUUCAGCGUUUUUAUUAUCAAUUACUCUCUGAAAAAGAGUUUUCCUUCUCUUUGCUGGUGGUGGUGGUGGUGGUGGGGAUUGUGGCGUCUUGUCUGCCAUGGAAAUUGUCUUCUACUGCUAGGUCCAAAUGUGGAUUAACUAGUUCCAGUAGAUACCGCAGGAUAACAACAAACAGGAGCUUGCUCUGGGUCACGAGUACUGCACGA